UGGGCUGCUCAUAAAGAAAAGCAUGGCGCGAUUUUCGAUAGAAAUUCUGGAGCAAAACGAAGGCGUGUGAGUUUCGUCCUCUUCCUCUUUCGCCUCCGUUUUUCUCCCAAUCCCAUCAAAUCCAAAACGAAUAUUCGUCCCAUAAAUUAAUUUUUUUUUUUGGUUCCCUUCCUCCAUCGAAGCCCAGAAGAAAGUUCGCGUAUUUUUACUGGGUUUCUGCUAUUACACCAACAAAAUUCUGUAGGCAUUGCAAAUGACAACUUGCAUACACGCCGGAGGUGGCAAGCUUCGUUACCGAUUGAUUGACUGCAAGGGGCAGGUACAAGGUUGUCGAAAAAUUUCCUCGCUCUCCAGCGUGACAUCUUACAGAUGCUCACAGAAGGAGCUUUCAUGGUCAUGUGGGGUUUCCAAGUUCUUGAACAUCCAGAGAUGUAGUUUUUCCCAAUCUCCAAUUGGUGAGAAUUGGAGGAUCAUCAGAACUGUUACAUCGUCGUGCUUGAGAGAUGGCUCCACAAAGUACUUUGAUUUUGCUGUCAUUGGCAGUGGGGUUGCCGGUCUUCGCUAUGCCCUUGAAGUUGCAAAGCAUGGAUCUGUUGCUGUGAUCACUAAGGCCGAGCCUCAUGAGAGCAACACAAACUAUGCUCAAGGCGGUGUUAGUGCCGUGCUGUGUCCUUCAGAUUCUGUGGAGAGUCACAUGCAUGACACCAUUGUAGCAGGGGCUCAUCUAUGUGACGAGGACACUGUUAGAGUUGUCUGUACAGAAGGGCCUGAUAGAAUUAAGGAGUUGAUUGCUAUGGGCGCAUCAUUUGAUCACGGAGAGGAUGGAAACUUGCAUCUAGCAAGGGAAGGAGGACACUCUCAUAGAAGAAUUGUUCAUGCCGCUGAUAUGACUGGAAGGGAGAUCGAGAGGGCUUUGCUGGCAGCAGUUCACAAGGAUCCUAAUAUCUUUGUAUUUGAACAUCAUUUCGCCAUUGAUUUGCUAACCUGUCAGGAUGGCUCUGAUACAGUUUGUCUCGGUGUUGACACUUUGAAUACUGAAACGCUGGAGGUGACAAGAUUUAUUUCAAAGGUGACUUUACUUGCAUCAGGUGGUGCUGGACAUAUGUAUCCUUCAACUACAAAUCCAAAGGUAGCCACUGGAGAUGGAAUGGCCAUGGCCCAUCGAGCUCAAGCUGUGAUUUCAAACAUGGAAUUUGUGCAGUUUCAUCCAACAGCCUUGGCUGAUGAAGGUCUUCCAGUCAAACUAAGCAAGACACGAGAAAACGCGUUUCUCGUCACUGAAGCUGUCAGGGGAGAUGGAGGCAUCCUUUACAAUCUCGCCAUGGAAAGAUUUAUGCCCCUGUAUGAUGAGAGAGCAGAGCUUGCUCCUAGGGAUGUGGUGGCAAGAAGCAUAGAUGACCAGCUUAAAAAGCGUAAUGAGAAGUAUGUGCUACUUGAUAUAAGUCACAGGCCCAGGGAAAAAGUUCUCUCACACUUCCCCACCAUAGCGGCAGAGUGUCUCCGACAUGGAUUGGACAUAACCCGCCAGCCAAUACCAGUUGUUCCUGCAGCUCAUUACAUGUGUGGGGGAGUUCGUGCUGGGCUGCAAGGAGAGACGAAUGUACGCGGUUUAUAUGUGGCAGGUGAAGUUGCAUGUACAGGUUUGCAUGGUGCAAACCGACUUGCUAGUAACUCAUUGCUUGAAGCGCUGGUUUUUGCAAGAAGGGCUGUUCAGCCCUCAAUCGAACAUAUGAAGAGCUCUGCUCUUGACUUCAGUGCUUCAAAUUGGUGGCCAAGACCAGUUGUGCCUAGGUCACUUGGGAGCAAUACCGCGGACAAAAUUUUGAUGUUGACAUGGGAAGUGAGGAAAGAAAUGCAAGCGGUAAUGCGGAAGUAUGUUGGCAUCGUUCGGUCCACCAUUAGGCUCAAAACUGCAGAGAGGAAGAUUGGUGAGUUGGAGGCUAAGUGGGAGGAGUACUUGUUUCAACACGGAUGGGAGCCAACGAUGGUGGGGCUCGAGGCUUGUGAAAUGAGGAACCUGUUUUGUUGCGCAAAGCUUGUUGUAAGCAGUGCACUUGCUAGGCAAGAAAGCCGCGGGCUUCACUACACAAGUGAUUUUCCUCAUUUGGAGGAAAGUAAGAGGCUGCCAACAAUAAUCUUCCCGUCUUCGCCUGUACAGAGUACAUGGAGUUCAAGACAGCUACACAAGCAGCCCAUAUGUUAGGGAGUGCAACCUCUUCAAGAUUCUGUUUUCAUUGAAUCCUCAUAAUACUUGAAACUUAUAGGAUACUCAUGAUUAUAUUUGAGAUUUACCAUUGAAAGUUUUUACUUAAAGAAAGGAAAUUUCUUCUUCAGAAUAAUAUGGGAAUAUGGUGUCCCAAUUCAUUUUUGGAUAUUUGCAAAGGUAACAACCAUUUCAACUGUAAAUUACAUA